UGUGGGCCAACCAAUCCUCAGAUCUCUCCAACUCGCCAACACACUCUCCUUCUCUCUCUCUCUCUCUCUCGCUUCCUUUGCGGCUCCCCUGUUUCCUGCUGUGCUUCUUUUUCCCUUCUUCAGAAUCUACUCACUCCAUUUAUCUACAAACCAGCUAAUCAAGGAAAUGGGUUCCAAACAGAAAAUGGGCUUCAAGUGUCGAAUAGCAGUCGUGCUGCUCUUACUGUUGGCCAGCAUCGCAGCCCUCGUCACCAUCGCUGUCAUCCAAGACACGUGGCGGUCAAAAAAAUACACCUUGGAGUAUGGCAUAGUGAUUGAUGCAGGUUCCUCUCGCUCCAACGUGUUCUUGUAUGAGUGGCCGGGUGAGAAGCAGAAUGACACAGGAGUUGUGGAAGAGAAACGGAACUGCAAAGUCAAAGGUCCGGGUAUCUCAGAAAUGCAUACUAAUGCCAAGAUAGACGAGGAAAUAUGGGGUGGCUUCAGGAACUGCAUGGAGGAAAUCAAGGAAGCUAUUCCUGUCGAAAAACACCAAACAACACUUCUCUUCCUGGGAGCCACAGCUGGAAUGAGACUACUGCAGGACUCGAAUGAGCAGAGGUCCAAAAAGAUACUGGAAAGUCUCCAAGCCUACCUAACGUCAUUGCCCUUCAAAUUCCAAAAUGCUUCCAUAAUCACUGGUCAGGAAGAAGGCCUUUAUGGGUGGAUCACUGUCAACUACCUCAUGGGAAACUUCUUGGAGAAAAACAUACUGAAUGCCUAUGUACGGCCUAAAGGGGCAGAGACAGUUGGUUCUAUGGACCUUGGUGGAGCAUCAACCCAGAUUGCCUUUGCAGUCCAAGAUGGCCUCUCAGGACCCGACUUCCUGCCUGUUAAACUGUACGGUUACCCUUACAACGUCUACACACACAGUUAUCUCUGCUAUGGCAAGAAUGAGGCUGAGAAAAAGAUUAUGGACAAAAUAAUUCAGGAAUCACACGAUCCAUCCUACAUUUCCAACCCCUGUUACGCUGAAGGUUUCAACACCACCAUAACUGCCUCAAAAAUUUAUAACACAGUUUGCAUAAAGAAGCCAAGCGACUACAAACCAGAUCAAGAAUAUUUCCUGGUGGGAUCACCAAACUCAGACAAGUGCAGAAGGAUCGUAAAGUCCAUAUUUGACUUCAGGACUUGCUCCACAAAGAACUGCUCCUUCAACGGAGUUGAGCAGCCACAAGUCACUGGAAAUUUUAUGGCAUAUGCAGGAUUCUACUUCACAUCGAGGGCUCUGCUGAUGAACGGCUCCUCAGAACUGAAUGAUUUUAACAACGCAAUCAAGGAAUUCUGUCAGACACGCUGGACAGUGUUGAAGGAAGAAAGGCCAAAGAUCGCUGAGAGAUUCCUUCACAACUACUGCACUGAUGCUCACUACAUCUUCACGUUGCUGACAGAUGGCUACAAGUUUGACGACAAGACAUGGAAAAACAUCAACUUCCAAAGAGAGGUAAAGGAAACCAGCGUCGGAUGGAGUUUGGGCUACAUGCUCAGCAUGUCCAACAUGAUCCCGUCUGAGGUGAAAGAAAUUCCGCCGCUGACUGACCCCUUGUUUGCCGGCCUCAUCUUUCUCUUCUCAGCACUAACCAUCAUAACUGUCAUCUGCCUGUUCAUCAUUCUCAUCCGCACCUGCUACUGACGGGACAUGAGUCCCGAAAGGAACGUCUUUGUCAGAGUGAAGCUUUGAUCACUGCUGUACGCCUGCAGGUAUUUGGACAGUACUGCAGUAGCACGUACUGAAUGUUUUCAUUUACCUGCCUUCUAGUUCUGUUAGAUUAGAAAUACCGAAAACGAAAUCCUGCCGGUUCACUUGUGUGUCUCUGAGCCAAGCUGGCCGCCGAUGUUCCUCCACACGGCUCUAAAAAGAUUUUAUUUUGUAUCUCAGGGAGACUCGGAAAGUAAUGCGAUGACACACAUUUUUUUUUUUUUUUUUUUUUUUUUACAUUUUGCAGAUUGUACCAAGUUCCACUACAUCAAAUAUGCUGUAAAUUCUUCGAAGCUGUAAUCGAAUCGGGUUCUGAAACAACAAAUACGACUGAGUUUGGAAAAAGUACCAUAAAUCCACCACAAUGUGUAAUUUCACACCACAGACACCAUCAAAACAGAAUCACAACUCGUCUCAACUUGUCUUUAUUGUUACAAAAAAGGAUUCAUUCACUGAUUACCAUUAGUUUUAUGUUGUGAUACGAUAAAUCAGUGUUAAAAAAAGCCCAUUCUCCAUCUGUGGAUUAUUGUUUUAGCUGGAUCCUGUAUUUCUUCGUUCUUUAAAACAGUUGCUGGAUUGUUUUCACAGACACAUAUGUCUGGUCAAACUUACCCUGAAGGUGGUUUGUUCACUGUAACUAAGAUUCGAUGACGGAGUUAAGCAGCAUUGUUUGAGGAAAUCUGCCCAACCAUAGCUGCACCAUUCUUCCUGGAGACCCUGAUUGGGAUUCAUGCACUGACCAUAAGAAGAGAACUCCGAACAGAGGAAAUAUAUGAUCAAGAUUGUUUAGGGCCCCUUCACACACAGUGCGAAUUUGGCUGAAUUACGGCGAAACAGCACGAAACAGUUCAAAUUAACGAAUCACAAAAACAUUGCGCCGACGGGCAGGUGUGUACGAUCCUGCUGCAAAGGUGUCCUGCAUGCUCAUGCACAAACACAGUGCGAGCAACUGGACCAUGUGUAACCACAUCGCGCUGCUCCUGUGGAAUAAACACAAAAUAAAAACCAGCUGGUACCUGUGGAACCACAUUGCACU